GACACUUUAACCAGCUCAACAAAUACUCGCCAGCACACAAGAGCACAUAUAGUUGGCACUGCCAAAAUGCUUGACCUCUAGACUGUACCCUUCUUGUAGGAUCCAGCAUCCCUUUAUUGCAUUUCUCUCCCUCCCUUUCUCACAUGCAAUUGUUCUCUCUCUAACUUCUCCUAAACAAAGUGGGUAUGGGGCAGGCUUCAUUCAUGGGCGCCUUCAGUUGUAUUCUGCUAGCCCUGGUGUUGGGGGCAAGCAUAGACUUGGGGGCUUUGCCAGUCGGAUUUUAUCCCCAAUUUACUCCCUUUUUCUUUCUGUGCACCUAUCGAGGACAAGUGGAGCAGCCUGGUGUAGGUGGGGGAGAGAUGCUGCUAACAUUUCAGAUUUCUGACAACCCAACAGGCUAUAUCCCAGGACAAGAGUAUCAGGUGACAAUCUCCACUAGUUCAUUCUUCGAUGGAUUGUUAGUCACUGGUCUUUACACCUCCACAGCUGUCCAGGCAACCCAGGGGAUCGGUGGGAGUUCACUUCUAGGUUUUGGCAUGAUGUCAGAGCAACAGUUUGGGACUCAAUUUGUGUGCAGUGUGGUGGCAUCUCAUGUCAGUCAGCUGCCUACUACCAGCCUCAGCUUUGUGUGGAUAGCCCCACCACCUGGUACAGGCUGCAUACAUUUUCUGGCUACAGCUAUGCAUCAUGGACAAAUCAUUUUUAAGGACACUCUGGCCAAGCAGCUGUGCGAUAAAGGAACGCCCACCGGCCUAGCAUCGCACCCACACGUGUCUGAAAUAAAUGGAAUCCAUGCAGUUCUUCGUGAUGACUUUGACUCUAAUCUGCACGGAGCACUAGAUGCCAAUAUCUGGUCAAACUGUAGUAACUGUGAGGUGGGGGAGCAGUGUGGUGUGCUCUUAUUCAGUAAAGCAGUCACUUUCUGUAAACCAUUUGGGAAAAGAGAACUGGUUACAGUGGCUCUAAAUACAAGCACUGCCUCAGUAUUACAGUUUGCACUGGGCUCUGGAUCCUGCCGUUUCAGUUCCUCUGAUCCCAGCAUAAUUGUCUCCUGCAGACUGAACAUUUUAAGUGACUGGGCCACCUUGGAGAAGAUCAGAGCACCCACAAACAGCAGCACAGUUGUCCAUCUACUUCAAUUGCCCCAAAACUGUAAGGAAGAGGCUGUGUACUUGAGGUGGUCCCAGGAGGCUGCAUUGGGCCCUAAUGGCUAUGAGUCUUGCUGGGGACUGGAUAACAUUCUACUGGUCAACAUGGCCCACAAACCCACCUUACUUGAGGAUAACUUUGAUCCCCCUGAUGCUAGCAACUGGAUUUUUUUUCCUGGAGCAACUAUAAAGCAUGCCUGUCAGUCAGAUGGGAGCUCUUUGUAUUUCCAUGGUGGAGAGGGAGUGGGACAAAGCUACGCCUCCACCCAUGAAAUUGAUAUCCACCGAGAAGAAGGCACCCACUAUUGGGAGGAGAACUUUGAAAGACCACCUAAUGGAUGGAGCAUUGAGGGAGCAGUGUAUGGCACACAGUGUGGAAAAAUUGAGUCAGGCUUUGCUCUAGUGUUCCUUGGGAAUGGCAAAAGGAAAGUGUGCACCCCCUACCUGGAUACAACCAUGUACGGCAAUUUGCGCCUCCACUUCUCUAUGGGUGCUGGAAAAUGCAAUCCAGGCGAGUCACAUGACAAUGAUGUUAUCCUUGUUGGUCAAUCAGAAGGAAGAAGACAGCAAGUUCUGUUAGACACACUUUCAUUUUCAGCAUACAGGAUCCCUAAUGUGGUGUCAGUGGCUUUGCCUACAGAGCUUCAGACUCCUCUGACUCGGUUCUGUCUGGAGCAGAGAUCUCAUGCUGGAGUCAAUCGUCAUGUCUGGGCACUGAAUUACCUGCACUUACUUCCACUGAUGCCUGAUGCCUACACACAUAUGGCCCAGUUUUCUAUUGAUCUUGGAUGUGGCUCCUACAAGCCUACUAACAGUGUCCACCUGCAGUUCUCUACCAAUCAAGGUAGAUCCUGGUCCCUUUUGCACAUGGAGUGUUUACCUGAGAUAUGUUCUGGACCACAUCUUCCCCACAGCACAAUCUACUCAUCUGACAGCUACAGUGGAUGGACAAGAAUUUCUGUCCCUCUUCCCAAUGCUGCCCUCACAGAAAGCACUCAGUUUCGUUGGAUACAGGCUGGGACUAGGAGUGACAAUAUGUGGGCCAUUGACAAUGUAUAUAUUGGCCCAGCCUGUCUGCAUUUUUGCUCGGGGAGAGGACAAUGCUCACGCAGUGGAUGCAAGUGUGACUUGGGUUUCAGCGGGCAAGCAUGUGAGCUUUCUACUCAGACUUUUCCUGCAUUUCUGUCAGAGGGGUUUUCUAGUGCAAGUCUCCCCUCUUACCACAGCUUCUCCUCUCUGCAUGGGGCAGAGGUCAGCUUUGGCUGUGGGGUUUUAGCCAGUGGGAAGGCUUUGGUUUUCAACAAAGACAAAAGAAGACAUUUGGUUACUGCUCAACUAGACAGCUCUCAGGCCAGAUAUCUGCAGUUCACAGUGAGAUUGGGCAGUCGUAGUACUCUUAGUUCCUGUCCUGCCCCAGAUCAGCCUGGGGAGGGAUUGUUGCUCCAUUACUCACCUGACAAUGGUAUCACCUGGAACCUGCUACAGCAUUAUUCCUAUGAAGGCUUCCAUGAGCCCAGGAUUGUGUCAGUAGAGCUCCCACCUGGUGCACAGAAGUUUGGUAUUCAGUUCCGCUGGUGGCAGCCACAUCACUCAGGCAGUGGACAGGAUGUUUGGGCACUGGAUGAGAUCAGUAUGACAUCUGUGCUCUUUAACACCAUAAGUCUUGACUUCAGCAAUGUGCUGGAUGUCUCACAAAGUCUGGGAUUCUUCCUGGGACGUGUACAGCCAUACUGCCAGCAUGAUUGGACUCUUAGUUUCACCGGAAAAACUACCCUUGGUUCCAGUAUUCGCUAUGUGGAGACUCAGUCCAUGCAGAUUGGGGCUUCCUACACACUACAAUUCUCCCUUAUAAUGGGCUGCGGUCACAAGCCUUCUCCCCAUAUUGACACACAGAUUCGACUGGAGUUCUCUACCAAUCAUGGAUUGACCUGGCACCUAGUGAAAAAGGUAUGUCUACCAGGCAUGCCUAGCUGUUCUGAGUUCACUGCUCCUAGUGUCUACCACCCUUCUGAAUUCAAAACUUGGAAAAGGAUCACUCUACCUCUACAUCAUAAAACAUGGUCCAGGGCCACACGGUUUCGCUGGAUCCAAAACUUCUAUGGUGAGCAAGAUGACUGGGCCUUAGACAAUAUCUACAUUGGACAACAGUGUCCUCUAAUGUGCUAUGGACAUGGCUGGUGUGACCAUGGUCACUGCAGGUGCGAUGAUGGCUUUUCUGGUAUAGAUUGUCAGCCUACAUUACCACUGUCUACCAGUUUACUGUCAGACUUUGAGUUUCUUGAAGAUCUAAGAACCACAUGGCAGGAGGUUAUUGGUGGGGAGGUGGUGACCCCUGACCAGGGUUGUGGUGUUGUAUCAUCUGGAUCUUCUUUGUAUUUUAGCAAGGCUGGACUAAGACAACUAGUGAGUCUGAACAUGGACACAGAAUGGGCAGAGUUUGUGCAAUUCUACCUUCGUGUGGGUGGUGACAGGGUGGAGUGUAACCAACCUGACAACAGAGAUGAGGGAGUGCUUCUACAAUAUAGUAACAAUGGUGGAAUAAGCUGGGGUCUAAUUGCAGAACUGUACUUCACUGACUUUACUAAGCCUAGGUUUGCCCAUUAUGAAUUACCACUAGCUGCUAAGACACCCUGUACACAGUUCCGCUGGUGGCAACCCCUUCAUUCAGGUGAGGGGUAUGAUCAGUGGGCUAUCGAUGAUGUAAUUAUUUUCUCAGAGAAGGAGAAACACGUCAUUCCAGUUGCUAAUCCUACUCUUCCUCAGAACAUUUAUGAGAAGCCAGCAUUUGAUUACCCACUGAACCAAAUGAGCAUCUGGUUGAUGCUGGGUAAUGAAGGGGUGACCAAGAAACAAAAUGGUAGUUUUUGUGCCCCCACACCUUCAGCCCUGGUAUUUGGAAGAUCGGAUGGUGACCGAGUAGCAGUGACCAGGGACAUUGCCCUCCAGCCUGGCUCUACAUUGCAGUUCAAGUUGAACAUUGGCUGCAAAUCAGAGUUCAGUGACUCAGCACCUGUAAUGCUCCAGUAUUCCCAUGAUGCUGGACGAAGGUGGGCCUUGGUCCAGGAGGCCUGUUUCCCUGAAUCCCCUGGAGUAGCAGGCUGUAAAGUCAGUGGGAAUGAGUUUACAGAGCCUACUGUCUACAAUACUGGAGACUAUGAGCGCUGGACCAGAGUCACAGUUGUAAUUCCACGCACUGUGGCUGCAAGUAAAACUCGUUUUCGCUGGAUACAAGAAAGCAGUGUUUAUCAGAAUGCACCUGCAUUUGCCCUGGACAGUGUCUACAUAUCUGGACCUUGCCCCAAUUAUUGUGGGGGUCAUGGGGACUGCAUAUCAGGAGUCUGCUUUUGUGACAUGGGGAUGGAAGUUGAACAGGACAGCUGUGUGCCCUCUGCACCUAGUCCCACUGAGUUGGCUGAGGACUUCGAAGGAAAGUUAAGUCCCUUUUGGCAAGUACUUAGGGGAGCUCAGAUAGGGAAUGGUUGUGGUACCAUCAGUAAGGGAAAAGCGCUCUACUUUGGCAGUUUUGGACAGCGAGAGGCUCGCACUGUGCCUCUGGAUACCACUAGCACACGACUUAUUCAAUUCUACAUUCGGAUUGGCGGCAAGAACAUGGGCCCAGCUUGCACCAGGCCUCAAUCACACAAUGAAGGGGUGAUUGUCCAGUACUCCAUUAAUAAUGGGGUGCAGUGGAAAUUCCUCCAUGCAUUAGAAUUUGGGUCAUUUCUAGAACCACAAGUGGUGACAAUCGAACUGCCUUUUCAAGCAAAAACUCCUUACACCAUUUUCCGUUGGUGGCAACCCACACAAGGAAAACACGCAGCCCAGUGGGCACUUGAUGAUGUUUUGAUUGGUAUGAAUGAUAGCUCCAGAACUGGCUUUCAUGACAAGUUUGAAGGCACAUCACUCUCAAGACACAUCUGGUUCAGAGUAGUAGGUGGAGAGGUUACAGUUGAUUGCCUGGCCUUGGACAAAGCCCUGAUCUUCCACUCUCAUUCAGAGGACAUAGGCGUUCUCCGCUAUGCUGAGACAUGGGAUUUUGAGGUGUCAGCUUCCUCAUUUCUGCAGUUUGAUCUAAGUAUGGGAUGCAGUAAAGCUGUGCAAAGAAUCCAUGGUGUCCACCUGGAGUUCUCUACUGACUGUGGCAAACACUGGACAUUUCUUACACCUGAGUGUGUACCACCUGCUAUUGGAUGUGCCAGCUAUACUCAAAGCUCUAUGUAUAGUACUCCCCAGUAUUCACAGUGGAGGAGGGUCACUGUUUAUCUGCCCAGUGCUGCCAAUACUCCUAGAACAAGGUUUCGUUGGAUUCAGCCUCAGUUCACUCCUGGAGAAGAUAGCUGGGGUCUGGACAAUGUGCUACUCACAACUGGCUGCCCCUGGAUGUGCUCUGGGCAUGGCCUGUGUGACAAUGGACGCUGCAUAUGUGACAGAGAUUUUGGUGGGCUUCACUGUGUACCCAUGGUACCUCUGCCCUUUUUACUUAAGGAAGACUUUAAUGAGAAUCUGGAUCCAGAGAUUUGGCCUGAGAUAUAUGGAGCAGAACGGGGCAUGUUGAGUGGAGAGCCUCUAAAAUCAGGCACUGCUCUCAUCUUUAAAGGGGAAGGACUGCGUAUGAUGGUUUCACAGGACAUGGAUUGCACACGCACUCUGUACAUCCAGUUUUCAUUCAAAUUUAUUACAAAGGGAAUCCCAGAGCGUUCACACUCCGUGUUGCUGCAGUAUUCAGUGAAUGGGGGGAUUAUCUGGCUUCUUUUGCAUGAGAUGUACUUUCCUUCCUCCACGGACACUUUGCUUAUGCAUUUGCCACUGCCUGCGAGUGCUCUCACUAAUGCUACACGCUUCAGACUGUGGCAACCUUACAAUAGCGGCAAAAAGGAGGAAGUGUGGGUUAUUGAUGAUCUCAUCAUUGAUGACCACUCUUUAAACAACUUUCCGAUUCUAUUCGAUAAUUUUGAGAGUAGGCCUCAGGAGUCAAACUGGCUAUUUUACCCAGGUGGCAACAUUGGCCGUUACUGUCUUUACCAGAAAGCAAGACUAGAAGACGACUCAGCCUUAGUAUUUAUGUCCAGUGAACUAGGAGAACAUUCCAUCACCACUAGAAAUAUUAUUGUCAACGAGAACACAAUUAUCCAGUUUGAGAUAAACGUGGCCUGUUCCGCAGUAAGUUCUUCAUUAAAUUCUGUGCGUUUGGAGUUCUCCCGUGACUUUGGGGCCACAUGGCAUCUUUUAGUUCCCUUGUGCACAGGUGGUCCAAUACCCAAUUCUCUUUGCUCACUUGAACUUCACCCAGCAAGCAUCUACUACCCUGGCACUCAUCGGGGUUGGAGGAGGGAGGUGAUUCACUUUGGAAAACUGCAUCUAUGUGGAUCUGUGCGGUUUCGUUGGUACCAGGGUUUUUAUUCAAUUGGCAUGACACCUCCAACUUGGGCCCUGGACAAUGUUUACAUCGGUCCUCAGUGUCAAGAUAUGUGCAGUGGCCAUGGCACAUGUAUGAGGGGCACUUACUGUAAGUGUGACCAUGGUUACUCUGGCUUGGACUGCUCUAUUCCAGAUGUGUCAAACUCAGACUUCCUGAAAGAAGACUUUGAAGGUAUAAGAGAUGCUGAGAAUUUCAAAGUGCUGAGUGGUGGAAAGCCCUCUAGGAAAUGUGGAAUCAUGGCCAGUGGAAACCACAUGUUUUUUAAUGAGAAUGGAUUACGCAUGUUGGAAACCAGAGACAUGAAUCUGUCUAAUGCCAGGUUCAUACAGUUCUUUUUGCGUUUGGGUUGUGGGAAAGCUUCCCCCGACCCACAUUCCCAGCCUGUGCUCCUCCAGUUCUCAAUGAAUGGAGGAUUAUCCUGGAAACUGCUACAGAAAUUUUUUUACACUAAUAGCAGUAAUCAGCCUGAGAUUGUUGCCCUAGAGAUCCCAUUACAAGCCCGCACUAUUAAAACUCGCCUUCGUUGGUGGCAGCCAUCUGAAAAUGGACAUUUCCACAGUCCCUGGGUCAUUGAUAAGGUGGUAGUUGGGGGAAGUGCAAGUGGCUGGGGCCCUCUGGAGGAUAACUUCUCGACCACAGAUGAACGUUUGUGGCUUCUUCAUCCUGGUGCCACACGAAUGCCUGUUUGUGGUUCUGAUGGCAAUGCUUUUGCUUUCAUUGAAAAGUCUAACAUUCGUUAUGCUGUCACCACUGAUAUCAGCGUAGGCCAGGAUGCUGUGAUUCAGUUUGACUUCUCUGCUUCGUGCUCUGUCACCUCCUCCUGCUACUCAGUGGAAUUGGAUUACUCUCUUGACCUUGGACUUACUUGGGAACCUCUCUUAAAAAACUGUUUACCUCUAAGUACAGACUGUUCCCCCUUCAUACUUCAAAAGACUUUAGUGUCAGACACAUACAACAAAUGGGGCAGAGUUACGUUACCCAUCCCAGGCUAUGCCAGAUCUCCAGCCACACGAUUUCGAUGGCUUCAGCAGGCUCCAUUUGACAAGCAGCAAACAUGGGCUUUGGACAACCUGUACAUUGGUGAUGGCUGUCCUGAAAUGUGCUCUGGUCAUGGUCAUUGCAAGCAGAAUUCCUGUGUGUGUGACCCAGAAUGGGGAGGUAGAUACUGUAAUAAAGCCCUAGUUACUCUCUUGUCCAAGGUAAAGGACAGCUUUAAUCAUGCACCAUCUGUCAAUCACUGGCAUCUACUAACUGGUGGAAAACUGAGUACAGUGUGUGGGACUGUAGCAUCAGGUUCAUCACUGCAUUUUAGUGGGCUCUGCAGUCGUCAGCUCGUAACAGUAUCUUUGAACUUGACCAACGCUGAAUUUGUGCAGUUUUAUUUCAUGUAUGGCUGCAUAGCUCACCCACCCAACCAAAACCAGGGUGUCUUACUGGAGUUCAGCUUGAAUGGAGGCAUCAGCUGGAAUUUGCUGACUGAAAUAAACUAUGACCAAUACAGCAAGCCAGGGUUUGUGAAUGUGCUGUUGCCCCCUAUUGCCCAGGCAGUGGGAGUGCAGCUUCGCUGGUGGCAGCCACAACAGAAUGGAAGAGAACGUGCAGACUGGGCACUUGACAAUGUGCUAAUUUCUGGCUCAGAUACACAUACUCAAAUCUCAGCCACAUUUGGUAGAGCUGCACUACCCAGUCACGAGAGAUAUCCAGCUGAUGGAACUCUGUCUGGCCACAUGGGGACAGUAAGCCAAGAUGAAAAAAACAGCAAUGGAAGAGUAAGCGACCACUGGCUCUUCUCAGAAGACUGUUGUGUACGAAGUUUCUGCCUCUUCCCAGAUGAGGUAAUGGUAUGUGGAAAAAUGGAUGGCCAAGAAGUGUAUGCUGUUACACAUGACAUCAUCCCAGACAAAGGCUGGGUCAUGCAGUUUAAGAUUGCAGUUGGUUGCAAUGUGCCGAGGAGAAAUGCUGAACGGCAUGUUCAUGUUCAAUAUUCAGUGGACUAUGGUGUCUCCUGGAAGUAUCUGGUACCACAGUGCCUUCCAGGUAACCCUUUAUGUGGGGCACAAGUUUCCCAGCCCUCUGCCUUCUUUCCUGCAAAAGGCUGGAAGAGAGCUGUUUAUCCCCUGCCUGACAGUCUCGUAGACAAAGCUGUUCGUUUCCGGUUUUAUCAACAACACUCGGACACACAAUGGGCAUUAGGUUAUAUUUACAUUGGACCUGCAUGUGAGAACCAUUGCAACGGUCAUGGUGACUGUCUAGAACAGCGCUGCCUCUGUGAUGCAGGAUUUUCUGGACAGAACUGCUAUGCUACCUCGGUUUUCAAGAAAACACUAAAGGAGCGUUUUGAAUGGGAGGAUUCCCAGGGUUCACAGUGGCAAAUUUUGGAGGGAGGACAUCCAUGCACAGACUGUAGAGCGCUGGUUGAGGGAAAGGCCCUGUAUUUUAAUGGGGCUAAUACUAGGCAGGCUGUCACUGUCGACCUUGAUUUACGUGGAGCCAAGUUUGUAGAAUACUGGACAAGAAUUGGAAGUGAAGACAAUAUAACCAUAUGCCAUUAUUCAUCCUGUCGAAAAGAAAGUGUAUUACUGGAUUAUUCCUCUGAUGGAGGUAUAUCAUGGACAAUUCUUCAUGAAAUGGAUUAUUUGAAGUAUUUGUCAGUAAGAAGAGAUUACAUUCUUUUGCCUGAGGGAGCUCUGACCAAUGCUACACGCCUACGCUGGUGGCAACCACUUAAGGUUUCUUCAGGUUUGGUAACCUCAAAUCCUGACCGUGCUCAAUGGGCCCUUGAUAACAUUCUGGUUGGAGGCUCUGAAAUUAACCCCAGCACUCUCCUGGACACCUUUGAUGAAGAUGGUAUAUUUCAUGAAGAAAGCUGGAGUUUCUAUCCAAAUGGUGUUCAAACAUCUGGUUUUUGUGGCAAUCCUUCUUUCCACCUCUACUGGCCAAACAAAAAUCAAGAUGAAACCUACAACAUGUUGGCUACUAGAGAGCUCAUUGUCCAGCCAGGAUACAUCUUGCAAUUCAAGAUUGUGGUAGGUUGUGAAGAAGAAAGCUGUGAAGACCAUUACCCAGUGCUUCUACAAUACAGAAAAGAUGGCAGGUCAGACCUUUGGCACUUGGUACACUCUGCGUGCCUUCCCUCUUCAGUGAAUAAUGUGGGAUGUUCCCCUUUCCAGUUCCAUGAGUCCAGCAUCUACAGCCCAGUUAACAGCUUAGUAUGGACCAGAUUUACCUUGCAACUACCUGACCAUGUCACCUCUGGUGCAACACAGUUCCGUUGGAUUCAAAAAGCAUAUGCUGGUGUCCGACAUAGCUGGGGAAUCGAUAAUGUCUACAUUGGUGAAGCAUGUCCAGGUGUUUGCAGUGGACAUGGGUACUGCACCACCGGGGCAGUCUGCCUUUGUGAUGAAGGGCACUAUGGUGAUGAUUGCUCCCUGUGGAGCAGUGAUCUUCCCAACUCUAUCAAGGACAACUUUGAGUCUGGGUCUGUGUCUGAAGACAGGUGGAGUAUCAUUCAGGGUGGACGAAUUAGCAGUGGCUGUGGCCAGCUUUCUCCACAUGCCUAUGGAGACUCACUGUAUUUUAAUGGCUGCAGAAUAAGACAGGCUAUCUCCAAACCUCUAGACCUUUCCAAGGCCAGCAAGAUCAUUUUUGUGCUGCAGAUUGGAAGCAUGUCACAGACAAACAGUUGCAACUCAGCUUUAAACCAAAUUGACACUGCUGACCGUGGUGUGCUGCUCCAAUACAGUGUUAACAAUGGAGUCAGAUGGCAUGUCAUUGCCCAACACCAGACUAAAGACUUUAUCAAAGCACAGAGAGUCUCCUACAGCAUUCCCCUUGAGGCCCGUGUGAAAGGGGUGCAAUUGAAAUGGUGGCAGCCACGUCAUGGUGGUACAGGGAAAGACCAGUGGGCCCUGGACCAUGUAGACGUUGUUCUACGGAGAAUCUAAGAAGCAAGCAAAGAAAAUAUGGAGGUGCAUCUAAAGAAAAAAGACCCCAUUACAUCA